AUGGACAACAUCGAGCCAUUAGAUGAGGCAAUUUACCUUAUAGAGAUAAAUGAAGUUGUUAAGCAGUACUUGGGCAAGGACAAAGCCAACAAGUCCCUCGGCUGCUGGUUGUCUGGAAGGUCUACACUUCAGCUCGAGACUUCGACUGGAAUUCCAAUUCAAAUACCAGAAAACACUCCUUUCGACGACAUAAAGCAAGCAAAGAAAGAAGCUCUUCUCAAGUUCUUUGCCAAGCGUCCUUGGAUAAAAAUACCAAACAAGGAGAACCCCCUACCCCAUAUGAAAUUGGCAAUUCAGUCUCUCCUUCACUUCUCGGGUCAACCAUUCUACAUAACCUGUGAAGGCGACAUCCAACCAGUUCAGUAA